CUGUAGCGGCGGCAAGUUCCUCGCCGCUUGCAGAAUUCAGUCAUCUGCUUCAGUUGCGCGCGUAAUAUCUCUUCAACAUUUCUCUCUCGAUUGUUAGCUUUCUGUCGCCAAUUUCUCUGAAUUUGGAAGGUUUCCAAAGCCCUCGAGUCAUUUUGGGGGUUCCAUACUCUUCUCACCAACGCCUUUGAAUCCGGGAUACAACUCUAGAAGACCUCCAUGGCUUCUCAGGUGUUGGUAGCUCUUGCACUUUCGCUUGUGGGGGGAUUCAGUACUUCUCUAGGUGCACUUUUUGUGAUUCUUAGCGGAGCCCCAAAUUUGAAGAUGCUCGGUCUUUUACAGGGCUUUGCUGCAGGUUUAAUGUUGAGCAUUUCGUUCCUGGAUUUAGCUCAUAAUGCGAUUAACUCAAUUGGAUUCUUAAAAGGAAAUCUUUGGUUUUUUGCAGGUGUUAUCUUCUUUGCAUUUGUUGCUCAUUUUAUCCCAGAACCCACACUUGCUCCUGGUUCAGAUAGCAAACGUAAGAAGGACGAGGAUGAAGGGGGGAAGGACAUUAUGAAAAAGCAUCGCCGUCAGGUUCUGUUCAGUGGCAUAAUAACAGCAAUAGGAAUAAGUUUACAUAAUUUUCCAGAAGGAAUGGCUGUUUUUCUUGGAUCAAUUAAGGGCCUUCGUGUUGGUCUAAACUUAGCCUUAGCCAUUGCCUUGCACAACAUACCAGAGGGUAUAGCUGUUGCGCUUCCUGUUUAUUUUGCUACACAGAGCAAAUGGCAGGCAUUCAAGUUGGCUACUCUCUCUGGUUUUGCUGAGCCCCUCGGUGUUGUAAUUGUAGCCUACUUAUUUCCAAGCAGCUUGAGUCCUGAAAUUCUGGAAGGUCUACUAGGAUCUGUUGGCGGAAUAAUGGCGUUCCUAACUCUGCAUGAAAUGCUGCCUUUGGCAUUUGAUUAUGCUGGACAGAAGCAAGCUGUGAAGGUCGUCUUCUUAGGAAUGGCUUGUAUGUCUGCAAGUCUUUAUUUUCUGGAAAUCAGCCUGCCGGAGGAUUUGAGCUUGUAGUUACCUGUCUCUUCUGUUCCUUGCCAUUUCUGUGUUGUAAAUUUUCUGGAAAAAAAUGAACAUGGGGAAUAAAGGGUUACCAUUUCUGUGUUACUUGUCAUUUGCCUCAACAAGCACACAGCCCCCUUCCAUAAAAAUGCCAAUUCCGUGUAAAAAGUUGAACUCUUCACCUUAUCAGAGUGAAAAAUGAAUGUAAUUGGUUUACUUGUUGAUCUCAA